GCAGCGGAGGCCAAGGCGCGGAAGACGCUGGGGGCCGCGGAGUACGUGGAGGCGUGCGGCUUCGCGCCGGGCCUGCUGCCCACGCGCAAGGACGUGGUGCAGAACAUGCUCUACCUGCUGCAGCCCAAGCGCGCCGGGCAGGCGCAGCGCUCCAAGGAGGACGCGGCGCAGCUGCUCGCCGAGCACCUGCAGGAGCACUGGCUGCUCUGCAACCUGCACACCGUCGCCACCAAGAGCAUCAAGAAGAGCAUCCUCAAGAUGUACGAGGAGUUCACCAAGCUGUACCAGACGCGCAAGCAGAGGCAGAACCAGGCGUUCACGGAGCGCGCGGGCAGGUUCAACGAGAGCUCGGAGAAGCUUUUUGACAUCUUCUGUGUGGACACGCUGACGAGAAAUAAGCUGGAGGAGUACAGUGGCGUAAAAAUGACUGUCACCGAGUGGAAGUUUCUUGAAGAUCAGAGAAGCGAAAGAAAAAUGUCCUAUGAAGAUUGUACGGACAAGCAGGAACUGAAGCUGAUGGAGAGAAGGCAAAAGAUCCAGUGCUUGGAGCACUUCAGAAAGCUUGCCAAAGAGGAGAAGGAAGGAAACAAAGCCAAGGAGAGGACGUACAGGAGCGAUGAGCAAUCGGAUGAAGGCACGAGCGUGGACGAAUCCUGCCCCGCGGAGGAGGAGAACGGAGGGGCUCCGGCCUUUUCGCUGAGGGCCAGGAGAAAGCGCCGCUGCACUGCGGCUCCCGCCGGUGGCUCUGUGCCCCUGGAAUGCCAGCAUAUACGGAUGAGCAUACGGAGAGUUAGGCCGGGCUUCUACGAGACUGUGGACAAGGUGCAAAACUGCUAGCGUACGCCAAUGGUGGCGAGCCGAGCUGCUGGAGUAGCAGGUGGCAAUACACACUCGAGGCAAGUUUGAAACCCCACAAUCAAUUGGAAGUGACUGCUGCAGAUCCCCAGGCAAAGCUCGGGAACGUCCUGUCUCCAGGGGAGAGCG